AUGGAGUCGUCCAAUAUAUCUCGACGUCGACCUCAUAGCGAGGAUGAAGAUAGCGAAGAGCCUACACCUUCUCCGUCAUCUCAACCAUCGAGUCCUAAACGACCCCGCUUGAACCCCACCGAAAUCGACAAUGGCUCCGAAGCGGAAGAGGAAAUCGAGGAGGAGAUUGAUGGGCAUAGCGAUGAGGACAGCGACGGGGAUAGCACCGGUUCUGGUAUACCCAAAGCAAUCUCUCAAGCCCCACGAGCAGUAGCUCACAACGGCCUUGGUCCCGGUGGUUACAAGCCUGGCGCGAUUGUGCGGAUCAAGGUGACGAACUUUGUGACAUAUACAUCGGCAGAGUUCUUUCCUGGGCCGAAGCUGAACAUGGUCAUUGGCCCAAACGGAACGGGCAAAAGCACCCUGGUCUGUGCCAUCUGCUUAGGCUUGGGAUGGGGACCUCAGCAUCUGGGGCGUGCCAAAGAUCUGGGCGAAUUUGUGAAACAUGGCGCUCGAGAGGCUAUGAUUGAAAUUGAACUAUGCGGACCGCCCAAGAUUGGUCGCAAUCCUGUCAUUCAGCGAAUCAUCAAGCGCGAUGGGAACAAAAGCUCUUUUACACUCAAUGGCCGUUCCGCUUCCAAGGUCGAUGUGCUGAAACUGGCUCAGUCAUUCGCUAUCCAAGUGGACAAUCUGUGCCAGUUCCUUCCUCAAGAUAAAGUCGCUGAGUUUGCUGCACUUACACCGAUUGAGCUUCUUCAUUCCACGCAACGAGCAGCGGCUGGCCCAGAAAUGAUCGAGUGGCAUGAUGCUUUGAAAACGUUGAGAGCUGAACAGAAAAAGCUCGAGAUGGACAACAGUGGUGAUAAGGAAUUGCUCGCAAAUAUGGAAAACCGUCAAGAGAUGCAGCGCGCAGACGUUGAAAGAAUGCGCCAGAGAGCCGUGAUCCAACGAAAAAUUGAGAUCCUUGAGCUAUGCCGUCCAAUUGUGGAGUACAAGGAACAUCACAAUAUCGUUGAGACCCUGAAGGUUACCAAGGAGAAACUUGACCGAGAAUACCGACAUAUUCAAGCAGAAAUCGAGCCUACAUUACGUGCUGUCAAUGCCAAAGAAGCCUACAUCGCACAAUUGAACGUCGUGAAAAACAGUCGCAAAGAUUCUGUUGAUAAAGCAUCCGAGGCCGCGACUAAAUGCGGUGAUAAAAUCGACAAAUACACGGACGAAAUCAAAGGACUUGAGGGUAUGAUUGAGGCCCAAAGAAAGAGCGGCCAAAAGCACAAAUCCGAAGCAGCAAUGGCUCAGCAGGCUAUCAAUCGACUUCGACGCCAACAAGAAGAAGAAGCUGUGGAAUUUGAUCCUGAAUUCUACAAUGAAACUUUGAGAGAAAAACGACGCAAGAAGCGAGAACUCGAGGUUGAGGCCCAGGACAUCCAAGACCGGAGGCAGCCGAUCAGGGAUCAGGGAAACAAAGUGCAGAGAGAUAUUCAACAAGCUGAACGUCAAUUAAGCAACUUAGACUCAGUCUCUGGCCAGCAAGAACUCAAGUUGCAAAGACUAUCCUACGACACGCUGAAAGGCUAUAAAUGGCUUCUUGAGAACCAAGACAAGUUUGAACAAGAGGUCUUUGGUCCUCCAAUCAUUACAUGCUCAAUCACCGACCCGAAAUACGCCGAUGCCGUCGAGUCUUUAUUUCAGAGGACAGAUUUUACAUCGUUCACCACGCAGAACAGGAAUGAUUUCCGCACCUUGCAAAAUGCGCUUAAUGGGACCCUAAGACUUCAUGAUGUCAGCAUCCGGACCUGUUCGCAGUCAUUGGAAUCAAUGAAGGCCCCAAUGGCGAGUGAUGAACUCGGCCGUCUCAGGUUCGAUGGCUGGGCCAAGGAUUUCUUAGUCGGGCCCAAUCCUGUCAUUGCAAUGCUUUGCAGUGAGAAAAACCUCCAUGCCACUCCUGUUGCGAUAAACGAUAUUCCAGAGGAAGUCUUCAGACAAUUGCAAAAUGGUCUGUUGAACUCCUGGGUAGCUGCAAAGAACAGUUAUCAAGUGAAUCGACGGAGAGAAUAUGGACCUGGCGCGACAUCAACUCGGGUUCGGCAGCUCAAGCCUGCUACAGUAUGGACAUCGCAGCCUGUUGAUAUUUCUUUGAAACAAAAAUAUCAGAACGACAUCGCGGAAUGGAAGAGCCAACUCCAAGAAAUCCAGAACAAACUCGAGUCCGAAAAAGCCGCUGUGUCGAAUAUCAAAGAAGCAUACGAGCAGAUCUCGCGGGAAAUUGAUGAUCUUGAGAAUGAAAAGAGCGCGAAACAGACGGCGCAUACCCAGUACCGCGCGAUCCCAGAGAAAAUCUCUCAACAAGAAGCCAAAUUUCAAUCCAUUACUUCAAUGUUCGAAGACGUGCGGCACAAGGUUCGUGACUGUCGCAACCAGCAAGACGAGUUUUCAGUUCAAAAGGCCGAGGCCACCGUUGAAUAUGCGGACGCUGUCGAAUUAUUCCGCCAAGCUUACGAGGAGCUCAUGAAAGUCGAGGUUCUUCUCCUAGAGGCGACUUCCGAUCUCCAGACUCUUCGACACCGCAACAUUGAUAGUGCGAGGUUAUUAGAUGCAAAGAGACGAGAGGCACAGGAAGCCACAGUCAAGUUGAGAGAGUCCAGAGUCAGGGCUAGAGCAGUCAUGCAAAAAGCCCAACGGAUCAGCCGAGAACUGCAGGGCCAGCCCGACGCGGAGGGAAUCCUCGAGCAACUCGGAGAUCACGACAUGGACAAGCUCGAAGCCGACAUUGAUUCCGAAAAGGCACGGCUGGAACUCACCCAUGGUGGCAGUAGCCAUAUGAUCAAGGAGUUCGAAGACCGUGAAAAGGCCAUUGAGAAGUUGCGCUCCAAGCUUGCCAAAUUCCUAGGCGAGCUUGCACAGAUUGGCAACAGCAUCGCCGAAAUUCGCAAGAACUGGGAGCCCCGACUAGAGGCGCUCAUCGAGAAGAUCAGCGACGCCUUCUCAGAUUCUUUCCGUCGCAUCGGAUGUGCUGGCCAAGUCACCUUGGGCAAGGCACAAGCCGAACCGGGUCCCAAUGGCGAGCCCGGUGCUAGCGAAUUCGGGGAAUGGUCGAUUGUGAUCCACGUCCAGUUCCGCGAAGGCGCAGGGCUAUCAGUGUUAGAUUCCCAUCGACAGUCGGGUGGUGAACGAGCCGUGAGUACGAUCUUCUAUCUCAUGGCGCUCCAGUCACUCUCCGCCUCGCCGUUCCGCGUGGUCGAUGAGAUCAACCAGGGAAUGGACCCCCGCAACGAGCGCAUGGUCCACGGUCGCCUGGUCGACAUUGCCUGUGCGUCGAGCGAGAGCGACGAAACCGACGAGAAUGGAGACCCCAUCGGUGGGGGUGGAGGCGGCCAGUACUUCCUCAUUACGCCGAAGCUGCUCAACGGACUCUCUUACAAGCCAGGGAUGCGUGUGCUUUGCAUCUACAGUGGAGAACACAUGCCCGAGGAUUAUCGGAAGCUUGACUUCAAAAAGGCGAUUGAAAACAUGAAGGCGGUCGCGGCGGCUAAAGCAAAUGGCGUCCCAUCCGAAGCCACGCACGGCCAGGGUCAAGUGGAGUUGUAUGCUUAA